AUGUCUGAGGUUGAAGUUGAAGUUGAGGUUGAGGAGUCUUCCAACACUUCAGCAAAUGUAAAUACAGAUACAGAUACAAAUAAGGUUACAGAUACAGAUAUAGAUACUCAUACACAUACAGAUGUGGAUACAGAUACAGAUACUCAUACAUAUACACAUACAGAUGUAAAUACAGGUACAGAUACAAAUAAGGUUACAGAUACAGAUACAGAUACUCAUACACAUACAGAUGUAGAUACAGAUACAGAUAUAGAUACUCAUACUCAUUCAGAUGUAGAUACAGAUACAGAUACUUAUACAUGUACACUUAUAGAUGUAAAUACAGAUACAGAUACAAAUAAGGUUACAGAUACAGAUACAGAUAAUCAUACACAUACAGAUUUAGUUACAGAUACAGAUACAGUUACAGAACAGAUACAGAUAGUCAUACACAUACAUAUACAGUUAUGGAUACUUCAACUACCAGUGUUUUUGCAAAUUUGUGCGAUGUGUGUGUGUUUUAAUUUGUGA